UUCAGGUAAAGAGGAGCUGAAAUCUGGCCAGUCUAUGUCACCCUCGGAUUUCCUGGACAAGCUCAUGGGGAAAACAUCAGGGUAUGACGCCCGGAUUCGCCCCAACUUCAAAGGGCCGCCUGUCAACGUGACAUGCAACAUCUUCAUCAACAGCUUUGGCUCCGUCACAGAAACCACCAUGGAUUACCGGGUGAACGUCUUCCUGCGCCAGCAGUGGAACGACCCCCGCCUGGCCUACAGGGAAUACCCGGACGACUCACUGGACCUGGACCCCUCCAUGCUGGACUCCAUCUGGAAGCCCGAUUUGUUCUUUGCCAACGAGAAAGGGGCCAACUUCCACGAGGUCACCACCGACAACAAGCUGCUGCGCAUCUUCAAGAACGGCAACGUGCUGUACAGCAUCAGGCUGACGCUGAUCCUCUCCUGCCCCAUGGAUCUCAAGAACUUCCCCAUGGACAUCCAGACAUGCACCAUGCAGCUGGAGAGCUUCGGCUACACCAUGAAUGACCUGAUCUUUGAGUGGCUGGAAGAGCAAGAAGCUGUCCAAGUGGCCGAGGGCUUGACGCUCCCGCAGUUUAUUCUGAGGGACGAGAAGGAUCUGGGCUACUGUACAAAGUAUUACAACACAGGGAAGUUCACCUGCAUCGAGGUGAAGUUCCACCUAGAGAGGCAAAUGGGCUAUUACCUGAUCCAGAUGUACAUCCCCAGCCUGCUGAUUGUCAUCCUCUCCUGGGUCUCCUUUUGGAUCAACAUGGACGCGGCCCCCGCCCGGGUCGGGCUGGGGAUCACCACAGUGCUGACCAUGACCACCCAGAGUGCAGGCUCCCGCGCCUCUCUGCCGAAGGUCUCCUACGUGAAGGCCAUUGACAUCUGGAUGGCCGUGUGCCUGCUCUUCGUCUUCGCUGCCCUGCUGGAGUACGCGGCCGUCAACUUCGUCUCGCGCCAGCACAAGGAGUUCAUGCGCCUGCGCAGGAGGCAGCGACGCCAGAGGAUGGAGGAAGAGGUGGUCCGCGAGAGCCGCUUCUACUUCCGCGGCUACGGCCUCGGCCACUGCCUACACAUGAGGGAUGGUGGUGCCGCGGAGGGCCCCAGCAUCUACAGCCCACCUCCCCCGGCCCCCUUCCUGAGGGAGGGGGAGGUCGUCUUCAGGCACUACGUCGACAGGGCCAAGCGGAUCGACACCAUCUCCCGAGCCGUCUUCCCCUUCACCUUCCUGGUGUUUAACGUCUUCUACUGGGUGAUCUACAAAGUGCUGCGGUCCGAGGAGAUCCACCAGGCACCCUGAGGCCACAUGAAACAUGGCGCCAUGCAGGGGAGCCGCCUCAUCUUCCUGGUCUCGGGUGCGCCCGCCCGGCUGUGUGGGCUGGCCUCUGUCCCCAGCACCAGUCAGGGCAUUAGUAGCUUUGCCGGGGCCUUGUCUCGCUCUGAGCCGGAACGUCUAGGACCAGCUGAGAAACCUGGACACAUGCUGCCCGCGAGAACCUAGCCCUACUCCAUCCACCCCUACCCCAGCAUGGUGUUGGGGGUCGCUGUGCUGCUUGUUAUUAAUGAGAUCUUGAGCUCGUCUGGGCAAGGCCCAUCCCGCCCUGCAAACCAGACCCGGCAGCAAUGGACAGACACCACUCCGGGGGGUAUUUACAUUCUUCCGCUGAUAUUUACAUUCUUGGCCGUCUCAUCUCCUUGCUCUUGUCCUUAAUUCUUUAUGGCCACGGGGCAGAGGCGCUGCUGGAGGGGGGCCCCAUGGGGUGAGUAUGUCAAGAGCAAGUCACCCAGCCUCCUCCCACACUCUUAGGAGACUGGUCAGAAAGCGGCAGUGCAGCAGAGAGCCCUGGACCAGCUCUGGAGAUGGUUCCGGCUGGCUGUCUAGGGGCCACAUUUAUGUUCUUGACUUCCUCUGUGAAGAAACGCUCCCAGUCCUCCCCUGGAUCCAGCCCAUCCGUUCCCCUUCUCCUCUCCCGCCGGACGGAGCCACACACCUCAUGCAGUGCUCUAGCGUAGAUUUCAGGUGCAGGAGGGAAAGGGUGGUUUUAAAAAAAGCCACAAUAAAUAAGGGCCCAUCCUGUGCAGGAUGAGCCACCGUAACUCCUGCUAGUUAAACUGGAACGUAACGGUGCUCAGAACCAAAGAGAAGGUCUGAUGAGACUGAGCUCUCUCGCAAAGGUGCCAGGGGGCAGCCGAGGUCUCUGAGGUGCUGUUGACUCCAAAGAGGAGGAGGGGUUGUCUUGUCGGCGUCCAAAGGGCAGGGAUUCUGGGGAUGGCCAGGAUCCCUAGAUCAGCACUUUUGAUCUCUCCUGGGGAGUUGCCUCCUGCCACAGUGAGAACAGGAUCAAAUCCUGCUGGGGCAGGAAGAGGUAAGGCAUGUGCUUUCAACCCUAAAAAGGCAGAAGGAGGAAGUGCUGGCUUUCACCAGUCUACUUCCAUUCCCCACCUAUUUGCCCUCCCCAGCACCACUAGGCUAGCUGGAUAAUGUUAUACUGGAUCCAAGUCACCCCGUUGUAAUUCUGUUGAAGUCAGCAGCAUUAUAUCAUGGCUAUUUGGUCACGUAACCUAGGCCUAAAUCUUCAGGGUUCUAAUAAUCUGGGGAAGGACAGACCUGCAAUAGCUUAGAAAAAUCCACGGCUCUUCCCCAAGAAAGAAAAGCAAUAGGCACAGUUUAUAUAGGUCCUACAAAAAAACAAUGUGGCUAUGUCUAGA